GGGCACGCCCGCAGCUAUUUCGCGCCCCUGCCCGCACCCUCCUGCCGUAUGUUGCUACGGGUCGGCCUGGCAGCGCUUCUCCGGCCGCUGCGCACUCUCGGGCCCGCUUCCGUCGCCUCCAUGAGCACCGGCACCUUCGUCGUUUCGCAGCCGCUCAACUACCGCGGCGGAGCCCGCGUGGAGCCGGCGGACUCCUCGGGCACCGAGAAGGCGUUCGAGCCGGCCACCGGCCGGGUGAUAGCGACUUUCACAUGCUCAGGAGAAAAGGAGGUGAAUUUGGCUGUUCAGGAUGCAAAGGCCGCCUUCAGGACGUGGAGGCAGAAGUCUGGCCUGGAGCGGGGUCGCAUCCUUCUGGAGGCUGCCCGGAUCAUACGGGAGCGGAAGGACGAAAUCGCCACCAUGGAGACCAUCAACAACGGCAAGUCCGUCUUCGAGGCCCGCUGGGACAUCGACAUCUCCUGGCAGUGCCUGGAGUACUACGCAGGCCUGGCCGGCUCCAUGGGCGGUGAGCACAUCCAGCUCCCGGGCGGGUCCUUCGGCUACACCAGGCGGGAGCCGCUGGGCGUGUGCGUGGGCAUAGGGGCCUGGAACUACCCCUUUCAGAUCGCCUGCUGGAAGUCGGCCCCGGCCUUGGCUUGUGGAAACGCCAUGGUCUUCAAGCCGUCCCCCUUCACGCCCGUGUCCGUGCUGCUGCUGGCCGAGAUCUACACCCAGGCCGGGGUGCCCCCCGGCCUCUUCAACGUGGUGCAGGGCGGGGCCGCCACGGGCCAGUUCCUGUGUCAGCACCGCGAUGUGGCCAAGGUCUCCUUCACUGGAAGUGUGCCCACUGGCGCAAAGGUCAUGGAGACGUCGGCGAAGGGGAUCAAGCCGGUCACCUUGGAGCUCGGAGGCAAGUCUCCGCUGAUCAUCUUCUCAGACUGCGACCUGGAGAACGCAGUGAAGGGGGCGCUGAUGGCCAACUUCCUCACGCAGGGCGAGGUUUGUUGUAACGGCACAAGGGUGUUUGUGCAAAAGGAGAUUCUGGAUAAGUUCACAGAGCAAGUGGUGAAACAGACCCAGAGGAUAAAAAUCGGAGACCCCCUCCUGGAAGACACCCGGAUGGGCCCCCUCAUCAACCGGCCACACCUGGAGCGCGUCCUUGGCUUCGUCAGGCUGGCCAAGGAGCAGGGGGCCAGGGUGCUGUGUGGGGGCGACCUGUACGUACCCGAAGACCCCAAACUGAAGGACGGCUAUUACAUGAGCCCCUGCGUGCUGACCAACUGCCGAGACGACAUGACGUGCGUGAAAGAGGAGAUCUUUGGCCCGGUUAUGUCCAUCCUGUCCUUCGACACCGAAGCCGAGGUUCUGGAAAGAGCCAACGACACCCCUUUUGGAUUGGCCUCCGGUGUCUUCACCAGGGACAUCCAGCGCGCCCACCGCGUGGCGGCCGAGCUGCAGGCCGGAGUCUGCUACGUCAACAACUACAACGUCAGCCCCGUGGAGCUGCCCUUCGGCGGGUACAAGAAGUCAGGAUUCGGCAGAGAGAACGGCCGGGUGACGGUGGAGUACUACUCUCAGCUGAAGACCGUGUGCGUGGAGAUGGGCGACGUGGAGUCCGUUUUCUGAACGUGGCCGUGAAGCCUGCAGACGUGCAGGGCACGAGGGCAGCCCAGCGUCCCUCCCCGUCACUCAGUCUUCCCCCCAACAAUGCGCAGAAGUGCCUUGCAGUCUAAUCCAGAGAGUCGAGAUUUCCUACAGCUCACGUUUCCGUGAGACCCCGAGCAGCAGUAGCACGCCUCUGGGGGCGGGCGGGGGUCCUGCCCCACCCCAGACUCGACCCCUGCCCACUGCGUCCUCUCUCUAGCUUCCUGCAAAGAACUUGCUCCUUUCAGGUGCAUGGUGGACCCAGGACAGAUGACUGGGUCACUGACAUGUUUUCAGUUCCCUCCCAUUGCCGUCCCCGCUGCAGAGCUGGCGGUCGGGACAGGGGGACGGACAGCGAGGGGCCGGGCACUGGAUGGGUCCGUCAGAGAAAGCAUUGUGUCCCCUGGGGCUGCGCCUUUGACCUUCAGCUUGCUCUCCUGUGACGCCGCAGUUACCUGUUAAGUGGACAGGUUAUUUCUGCCACUGCACGGGAAGGAAAUAAAUCACACAUUAAUCUGUUCAGUUUCCUGUUUCAAAACCAA